AUGACCGAAUAUUCAGAUUCUUUCAAAUCACUAGAUUCACAAUCUUUGGAAUCUUUAUAUAAAAAACCCAAGAUGAGACUUUUCAAGACUACACCUGUUGAAGAAAUUGUUGGUCCUGCUAUUGCUGAAGUAUUACCAGACCACGGAAAGCCUUGGUAUAAGGUAAAACAUAUUUUAAGAUUAAAUCUUAUUAUUUUAAUUCCGCUUUUAUCAGCUGCUGUUGCUGGAUUUGAUGGUUCCUUAUUAAAUGGUUCAUUUAGUUUAACACAAUGGAAAAAUGAUUUCGAUAAUCCUACUGGAAAUAUGCUUGGACUUAUCGGAGGUGCCCAACAAAUUGGUUGUGUAAUUAUCUUACCUGUUUGUGGUUGGUGUUCCGAUUAUUUAGGAAGAAAAAAGACUUUAUACAUUGGAUUGGUGGGAGUUAUUAUUGCUACUAUUAUUCAAGCUACAGCCUUUGGAGUUGCUCAAUUGGUUGUUUCAAGAAUUAUUGUUGGUGCUGCUGGUAUGCUUGUUGUUCAACCAGCUCCUUUGUUACUUGCGGAAUUGGCUUAUCCUUCCUUAAGAGGUAAAAUUACUGCUUUAUAUUGGUGUUUCUAUUAUUUAGGAGCAAUUUUGGCUUCUUGGUCAUGUUUUGGAACUAGAAAUUAUCAAUCUUCCUGGUCAUGGAGAAUUCCUACCAUCUUACAAGCAGCUUAUCCAAUUAUCCAAUUAUGUUUCUUACACUUUGUUCCUGAAAGUCCUAGAUGGUUGAUUAUGAAAGGAAAAUAUGAAAAGGCAAGAGACAUUUUGAUCGAACAUCAUGCUGGCGGUGAUGUUAAUUCAAGAUUAGUUGAAGUGGAAUUGACAGAAAUCGUUGCUGCUAUUGAAGUUGAUAAAAUAAGUAAUAAAGCUAAAUGGAGUGAUUUGGUAGCUACUCCAGGUAACAGAAAAAGAACUUAUAUAGCCGUAACUUUAGGUGUUUUUGCCCAAUGGAAUGGUAUUGCUGUGGUUAGUUACUAUUUAAGUCUUAUUUUAGAUUCAGUGGGAAUUACCUCAGUUACAAUGCAGACCUUAAUCAACGGUAUUUUACAAAUCUUCAAUUUAUUUGCUGCAGCUGGUGGUGCGUUAUUGGUUGAUAAUUUGGGUAGAAGGAAAUUAUUAUUAACUUCCGGUGGAGGUAUGUUAAUUUCUUUCGUCAUAUGGACAGCUUUAUCAGCCAAUUUUGAACAAACUGGAUCCGGUGGUAGUGGUAAAGCAGUGGUAGCUUUUAUUUUCAUUUUCUAUGGAUUCUAUGAUGUAGCUAUGACCAGUUUGUUAUUUGCUUAUCCUUCAGAAAUCAGUACCACUUUGAUAAGAUCAAAGAUUGUUAGUGUGGAAUUAUUUUCUAUCUAUGCAGCAUUAGUGGUGGCUAAUUUCUGUAAUCCAAUAGCUUUAGAUCUGAUCCAUUGGAAGUAUUAUCUUGUUUUUGUCGUGGUGUUAGCUUUAGGUACAGCAAAUAUUUACUUCUUUUACCCUGAAACCAAAGGUUACUCUCUUGAAGAGAUUAGUAAGAUUUUUGACGGUGAAGAGAGUUCCCUUGAAGUUACUUCAAGUGAUGCCCUCAAAUCCAAUGAAUUGAAGGCUGAAACUCAUCAUGUUGAGAAUAGCAAGGAUUUAGUUUAA